GGGGUCAGCCAGACUAUUCGGCACAGUGGGCUGAUUACUACAGAAGUAUGGGAAUGCAUAGAGAGGCUGAAGCCAUUGAACAGCAGGCCAAAGGAAUGAAAGUUGGAGGCCCUGCCUCAAAUGCAACACCUCAGCAGGGUGGAGGUGCACAGCCAGCAGCCCCAGGAGCAGCAGCAGCAGGUGGCACAGGAGCACAAGAUUAUUCCCAACAGUGGAUAGAGUACUACCGGACACAGGGCAUGCACGCAGAAGCUGAUAAGAUUGAGGCACAGAUCAAAGCUUCUAAGGGAGGAUUGGGUGGGGCAACGGCAGUCCCCUGUGCCCCACCUCAGCUUGGAGGAGCUCCUGCAGCACCAGCAUCAGCACCAGCAGUACCUGUCAACGGUCAAGUUCCUGCUCAGCAGACAGGUGCCGGCAUGACAGACUACUCCCAACAGUGGAUAGAGUACUACCGCUCACAGGGUAUGCACGCUGAGGCGGAUAAAAUUGAGCAGCAAUUGAAGGCUGCUAAGGGUGGUGCUGGUGGUCCGCCAGGCAGUGGCCCUGGAGCGCCGAUGUAUAAUCCUACAUUUAACCAAGGAUAUUAGAUUGCUAGAUUUGCACGGGGUUGCAGCUCCACCUCUUCUAGGUUGAAGAACCAUUUGUUGUUGCCUUGAAGACUUCAGUUGUGGGUUGUUGGACUCAAAAUGUAUCAUGUUGCGAUAUCUUAUUCGUGAUGUCAUGAUGUUCCCCGAUGAUAUGAGAUGCUAUUCAUAAGGAUGGUAUGAAGCUGCUGCAUACUUCAAGAUGUACAAUGAUUUUCGUGUCACUUAUAUCUCCAAAUAUUAUCGUGACUUGUGUAUUGAGGGUUCUUGCUAACUCAGCCAUUUAUUAUUUUUGAUCAAAUCUUGUAAAUAUGCCACGUGGUUAAUCUUUCAUUAAUUAUGCCUAAUGUGAAAAAUAUACCUUGUACAAGAUAA